CAGGGGGUGGAGGAGAGCGACACUGCCUGAAAACUCCCCGUUACCAGCGGCGGCGGGAGGCCGGGCACAGAAGCUGGGUUUCCCUCAGGGGUCUGGGGACAUGGCCCGAAGGGCUCUCAAGCUCGCUUCAUGGACCAGCAUGGCGCUUGCUGCCUCUGGCUUCUACCUCUACAGUAACAAGUACUUGGACCCUAAUGACUUCGGCGCUGUCAGGGUGGGCAGAGCAGUUGCUACGACAGCUGUCAUCAGUUACGACUAUCUCACCUCCUUGAGGAGUGUCCCCUAUGGCUCAGAGGAGUACUCGCAGCUUCAGUCCGAGGUGCACCUCCGUUCUGCCAGGCGUCUCUGUGAACUCUGCUGCGCCAACCGAGGCACCUUCAUCAAGGUGGGCCAGCACCUGGCGGCGCUGGAGUACCUGCUGCCCCAGGAGUACACCAGCACGCUGAAGGUGCUGCACAGCCAGGCCCCGCAGAGCAGCAUGCAAGAGGUCCGCCAGGUCAUCCGCGAGGACCUGGGCAAAGAGAUCCCUGAUUUGUUCGUGAGCUUUGAUGAAACCCCUCUGGGGGCUGCCUCCCUGGCACAGGUCCAUAAGGCGGUGCUGCAUGACGGUCGGACGGUAGCCGUGAAGGUCCAGCACCCAAAGGUACAGGCGCAGAGCUCAAAGGACAUUCUCCUGAUGGAGAUGCUCCUUCUGGCUGUCAAGCAGCUGUUUCCAGAGUUCGAGUUCAUGUGGCUGGUGGAUGAAGCCAAGAAGAACCUGCCUUUGGAGCUGGAUUUCCUCAACGAAGGGAGGAAUGCAGAGAAGGUGGCCCAAAUGCUCAAGCAGUUUGACUUUCUAAAGGUCCCCCAAAUCUGCUGGGAGCUGUCCACGAAGCGGGUCCUCCUGAUGGAGUUUGUGGACGGUGGGCAGGUCAAUGACCGAGACUACAUGGAGAGGAACAAGAUUGACGUGAACGAGAUCUCGCGCCACCUGGGCAAGAUGUACAGUGAGAUGAUCUUUGUCAAUGGCUUCGUGCACUGUGACCCCCACCCGGGCAACGUGCUGGUGCGGAAGCAGCCAGACACGGGAAAGGCGGAGAUUAUCCUGUUGGACCAUGGGCUCUACCAGGUGCUCACGGAAGAGUUCCGCCUGGAUUACUGCCACCUCUGGCAGUCGCUGAUCUGGACGGACAUGAAGAGGGUGAAGAAGUACAGCCAGCGCCUGGGAGCUGGCGAACUCUACCCCUUGUUUGCCUGCAUGCUGACUGCCCGCUCGUGGAACUCGGUCAACAGGGGCAUCAGCCAAGCUCCAGUCACUGCCACUGAGGACUCAGAGAUCCGCAACAAUGCGGCCAACUACCUCCCCCAGAUCAGCCAGCUCCUCAACCACGUGCCACGCCAGAUGCUGCUCAUCUUCAAGACCAACGACCUGCUGCGCGGCAUCGAGGCCGCCCUGGGCACCCGCGCCAGCGCCAGCUCCUUCCUCAACAUGUCACGUUGCUGCAUCAGAGCGCUGGCCACGCACAACAAGAAGACUACCUGUUCAUUCUUCAGAAGGACCCAGAUCUCCUUCCGCGAGGCCUUCAGCUUAUGGCAGAUCGACCUGCAUGAACUCAUUCUGCGGGUGAAGGCGCUAAGGCUGACCAGCUGGGUCUUGGCCCUGCUUUGCAGGCUGUUGCCUGCUCCACACUGAGUGGACCUCCUGCCCUCUUCCGUUUUUCGGUGGGCUCUGUAGUGGCCAGGGGUCUUUUCACUCAUUCUUUCGGCACAUCUCUACCAGUUGCCCUGUUUCUGCCACGUGGUGGCCUGGAGCCCGUGGUCACUGCCCAGGGUACCAUCCUGCUCUGCCUCUGGAAUUCCUGCCCCGUGCUGCAGCCCCUGUCUCGGAGCCCACCCGCUGAACCAUGCCAUAGUUUUCAGUCCUUACUGAGCGCGAUGGCCCGCAGUCUGCUGUCCCGCUCCCUGCAGGUGCCGUUGGGUUAGAUGUCCUCUCACUCCCAUGAGCCCCUCCUGUGUCAGGAUGGACCAUGAGUCCCACUGGGGCCACAUUUAACUUGCAGGCAGUUUGAUUUUGUUGGAGGGGAGCGUGGUCUCUGAGCUUGCUGGAGAACAGGUUCCCUCUCCUUGCCCCGCCAUGCCCCAGAGGUGUCGCCCCUUAGCGAGCGAGUCUCUGCUGCAGCUGUGAGUUCACUGCUGUCAUGGGGACCCCUGUGGUGUCUUAUGUGCUGUGUUCGGUGAGACCCUCUCAGGGUUGCAGGGCAGCUCUCAGUCGGUGGGAUUUUUAUUCUAGGCUGGGCGAGAAUCUACUUUGGCCGUUGGCCGUCGGAUAGGAAUGGCCCUGGACACCACGUGCCGUUGUGUCCUGCUUGGCUUUUUGCCUCUGUGUUUCUCUGGCCUGCCCCUGUGAGGCCACUUCCAGCUUCUGGUAGGUUUCUCUCAUCUUCCAAGACUUAGACCUUGCUUGCUGUUGUUCAGAAGCCCACGGCCAGAACUCAGAGGCUCAGCAGAAACCUCUGACUUUGGUUCUCCUGGGUUCUCACCUAAUUCCCAGUGACCUGGCACCUGCCUUGUCCUACUAAUUGCUUCCCGACUUAGCCCUUAGCCUCAGACUGGAGACUGAGCCUCAUUUACCGUGGCUAGGGUUCCACUCGGAAACUCCCUGUCACCUGUCCAGACUCUGCUGCACCUUAUUGCCUGCUGCCAGCCUGCCCCCUUCCAGCACGCUCGUCUGCACCUGUUUCUGGGACAUCCCAGGCUCCGGCUGUAACUCCCAGGCCUGUACGGUCUCCAGGGGCUGCUGGGUUGAAGACUCCCAACUUCUGUUAACCCUUCCUUUGUUAACUAGUAGGAAGUCUGAGUUUGUUGGAGGAGAGUGUGGUCUCUGAGCUUGCUGGAGAACAGGUCCCCUCUCUUUGCCGGUCACUCCCCAGAGCUGUCAGCCCCCAGAUUCAGGAGGUCCUGGCUCUCCCUGAGCACAGCUGCUCUCAGACAGUGAUUACAUUUGAGUCUCUCUGAUCCCAUUCUACCCCGUUCAUGGGGUGGAAAACCCCCGAGUUUGAGCCUAAUUUCUGUUCCCAUUAAUCCUAAUACAAUGAGUAGAUUUUCCACGGACCAGAGACGAUUUGCAAUCCCUUUAUUUCCCGAAAGAAUUAAUUGUUCUUAGUGACCAUUUGAAUGUACCUAGGCACCUGAGAGAAUAAUUUGCAAGAUCUGUUAUUAAUCAUGAGGAUGCAUACUGUGUGUUAUAUUUUAUGGUGUCUUUUGUAGUUACUGGAGUAAAUAUAAAU